AUGGCAUCAGCUUUUCCCAAAUUGCCAGGUUUUGUGCCCACCCAAGAUAUUGAUAAACCGAACUUCAGAAAAGUCUCAUCCACUAAACAAGAAUAGAAUAGAGAAGUCAAUCAUCUUCCAAAUAAGGAAUAUGCAGUACCUCGUAAACAACCAAUUCAAAUACCUCCUCAAAGUGGCAUGUUCAAUCCUGAUUAUAUGAGUACUACUCAUGCAAUGCAUCUCCCCAAAAAUGUAACCAAUGACUCUGAAGAAUUGUAUCAGCCAUCUUGGGUGAAAAUGGAUAGACAUGUUCUACGAUUCAGCGGCUAUUUCAAAGAAGCUGUGGUCGAGUCUGCACUUGAAAAUUACAGAAUUCGCAAAAUCACCAUCUGUUACUACCUUGAGGAUCACUCCUUAAGCAUAACCGAACCCAAGUAGGAGAAUAGUGGAGUGCCUCAAGGAGCAUUCUUGAAAAGACAGAAAGUUCUACGUGCUGAUGAUUCCAAGACCUUCAUUCUCCCUGAGGAUUUCAGAAUCAACCAAGACAUCAUAAUCUUUGGAAAGACAAUCCGUCUCUAUGAUUGUGAUCAAUACACAAGGGAGUUUUAUGAGUUACAAGGCAUACCAUAACAACCCUCCUUUGCACCUCAGUCUGACUCAUUUGAAACCAAGACAAUGACUAAGUUCAUUCCUCAAAAAGAUACUGUUAUGAAAGAUUACUUAGAACAUAAAUUAGGAGGUGGUCGAGUGACAUCCUAAAAGCAAUUUUUGGAGAAUGACAGAAAGGUUCUUAAAUUCUAUGUGUUCUCAGAUAUCGAAUAUAUUCUACACUACUAUCUGGCAGAUGACACCAUUGAAAUCAAGGAAAUCAAUUCUGCCAACUCCGGAAGAGUUCCAUUUCCCAUGAUGUUGAGAAGGUAAAAACUCCCCAGGAAGUUCUCACUCAAUCAACCUGGAUAGACUUAUGCUGAGGAUUUCAUCAGACCAUAAGAUAUUCAAUACGGACAACCACUCAUUAUCUAUAAUCGCAAGUUCUUCAUCAAUGGUUGUGAUCAAUUCACUAGAUAUUACUACUUAGAGAAGUUCAACGUAGACUUCCCUUUAGGAGGAUAGGAAGAACAAGUGCCAUAGGAGAGAUCAAACAUCAUCAUCCCUCCUCACAAUGGCAUUGGAGAUGAGUAGGACUCACUCGGGUACAUCUACAGGUUGUAACCUAAGCCACCGAAGAAGGAUUUCUUUAAAUGGGUUGAUAACUAAGUGAAUCUUAGAUUUCUGGCCAUGUUCAACACAACCAAACCAGAAGACAAGGACAGAGUAUUUGUAAUCACUUUCUUCUUAAAUGAUGACAGUCUUUUGGUCUAUGAACCAACAGUGCGAAACUCAGGAAUACCUGAUGGGAAGUUCUUGGAAAAGAGAAAGUACAAAAAUGUCAAUAAUAACAAUGAGUUCUUCAAUCCAAAUGAUCUCAUAGUUGGGAAUGAGGUUGUCAUAAAUGGGUGGAAAUUCCAAUUGCUUGAUUGCGAUGAGUUUACUCAGAAAUGGUAUGCUCAAAACUUCAAAUGA